GUUGACCGACGCAAAGCAGGGGAGGGGAAGUGACAGUGUAUCAUGUAUGCCACUGAUUCCAGGGGACACUCCCCAGCUUUCCAACAACCUCACAAUGGGAACAGCUAUCGCUCAUCUGGUUAUGUUCCAGGGAAAGUCGUUCCACUGCGUCCCCCUCCUCCUCCAAAGAGCCACACUUCAGCCAAAUUUACCUCCAUGAGACAAGAAGCCCGGGCAACCUUUGCAUUCUCACCUGAAGAACAGCGAGCCCAGAGAGAAAGCCGAAAGCAGAAGAGACACAAAAAUACUUUCAUUUGUUUUGCUAUUACUAGCUUUUCAUUUUUUGUUGCACUUGCAAUCAUUUUAGGAAUAUCCUCAAAAUAUGCUCCAGAUGAGAAUUGCCCAGAUCAAAACCCCCGACUCAGGAACUGGGAUCCAGGACAAGAUUCUGCAAAACAAGUUGUUAUCAAGGAAGGAGAUAUGUUCCGACUGACCUCAGAUGUCACAGUGAAUUCUAUAGUGAUUCAGGAUGGAGGACUGCUUGUAUUUGGGGAUGAUAAAGAUGGAUCCAGAAAUAUUACUUUGAGGACUCGUUACAUUCUGAUCAAGGAUGGUGGGGCGCUUCAUAUUGGAGCAGAAAAAUGCCGCUAUAAAUCCAAAGCGAUGAUUGCCUUGUAUGGCAAGUCAGAUGAAGGUGAAGGUAUGCCAACAUUUGGCAAAAAAUUUAUUGGUGUGGAAGCUGGUGGGACACUGGAGUUGCACGGGGCACAGAAGACAUCAUGGACGUUGCUGGCGAGGACUCUGCAUUCCUCAGGCUUGACGUUUGGGUCCUACGCCUUUGAGAAGGACUUUUCCCGGGGCCUCAAUGUGAGGGUCAUUGACCAAGACACAGCCAAAAUUUUGGAAAAUGUAAGAUUUGAUACUCACGAAUACCAAAAUGAGAGCAAGCGACUUCAGGAAUUUUUGAGAGUCCAGGAUCCAGGGCGAAUUGUUGCUAUAGCUGUUGGAGAUUCAGCAGCUAAAAGCCUCUUACAAGGAACUAUAGAGAUGAUCCAGGACCGGUUGGGAAGUAAGCUGAUCCAAGGACUAAGCUACAGGCAAGCUUGGGCCUUAGUUGGUGUCAUUGAUGGUGGAAGUGCUUCUUGCAAUGAAUCUGUGAGAAACUAUGAAAAUCAUAGUAGUGGAGGGAAGGCUCUUGCCCAAGGAGAAUUUUAUACCAUGGAUGGUCAGAAGUUUGCUGUGACUGCUUAUAGUGAAUGGAUUGAAGAAACACCUCAGUUCCUACACAUGGGAGAGAUUGUAGAUGGUGUUGACAUGAGAGCCGAGGUUGGAAUUCUUACCCGGAAUGUUGUAAUCCGAGGAGAAAUGGAGGACUCCUGUUAUGCUGAAAACCAGUGCCAGUUCUUUGAUUUUGAUACUUUUGGGGGACAUGUCAUGAUAAAGAAAAAUUUUACUUCAGUCCAUCUCUCUUACGUGGAAUUGAAAUACAUGGGCCAGCAGCACCUGGGGCGGUAUCCUGUGCAUUUUCACCUGUGUGGCGAUGUGGAUUAUAAAGGAGGGUACAGACACAGCACGUUUGUGGAUGGCCUGUCUAUUCAUCACAGCUUCUCAAGAUGCAUCACUGUGCACGGGACUAACGGCUUACUGAUAAAAGACACCAUUGGAUUUGACACACUGGGUCAUUGUUUCUUUUUGGAAGAUGGUAUUGAACAAAGAAAUACUUUGUUCCACAAUCUUGGACUCCUCACCAAGCCUGGCACUCUUCUCCCCACCGACAGGAAUAACUCCAUGUGUAUCACCAUACGCGAUAAAGUAUUUGGGAAUUACAUCCCUGUGCCUGCCACUGACUGUAUGGCGGUUUCAACUUUCUGGAUUGCUCAUCCCAACAAUAAUCUGAUCAAUAAUGCAGCUGCUGGCUCACAGGAUGCUGGCAUAUGGUAUUUAUUCCACAAGGAACCUACUGGAGAAUCCAGCGGAUUGCAGCUCUUAGCAAAACCAGAACUUACACCACUAGGUGUAUUUUAUAACAACAGAGUCCAUUCAAGUUUUAAGGCUGGCUUAUUUAUUGACAAAGGUGUCAAAACAACCCAUGCUAAUGAUGCUGACCCAAGAGAAUACCUCUGUUUGGAUAACAGUGCAAGGUUUCGGCCUCAUCAAGAUGCAGACCCUGAAAAGCCACGUGUUGCUGCUCUAAUUGACAGACUCAUUGCUUUUAAAAAUAAUGAUCAUGGAGCAUGGGUCAGAGGAGGAGACAUUCUUGUUCAGAAUUCAGCAUUUGCAGAUAAUGGAAUAGGACUGACCUUUGCCAGUGAUGGGAGCUUCCCAAGUGAUGAAGGUUCCAGCCAGGAGGUGUCUGAGUCUCUUUUUGUCGGCGAGAGCAGAAAUUAUGGCUUUCAGGGUGGUCAGAACAAGUAUGUAGGCACUGGGGGAAUAGACCAUAAGCCUCGGACUUUACCAAGGAACAGGACAUUUCCAAUUAGAGGAUUUCAGAUUUAUGAUGGGCCCAUUCAUCUUACCAGGAGCACUUUCAAAAAAUAUGUGCCAACUGCAGACAGGUACAGCAGUGCAAUUGGCUUCCUCAUGAAGAAUUCCUGGCAGAUAACCCCCAGGAAUAACAUCUCCCUUGUGAGGUUUGGCCCACAUGUCUCUCUGAAUGUCUUCUUUGGAAAGCCUGGCCCUUGGUUUGAAGAUUGUGAGCUAGAUGGCGAUAAGAACUCCAUAUUCCAUGACAUUGAUGGCUCUGUGACAGGAUACAAAGAUGCUUAUGUCGGAAGAAUUGACAACUACCUGAUCCGCCAUCCAAGCUGUGUUAAUGUUACCAAAUGGAAUGCCGUAGUCUGCAGUGGGACCUAUGCCCAGGUCUAUGUGCAAACAUGGGGCACUCAGAAUCUUAAUAUGACCAUCACACGAGAUGAAUAUCCAUCCCACCCAAUGGUGCUCCGGGGCAUUAACCAGAAGGCUGCCUUUUCACAGUACCAACCUGUAAUCAUGCUGGAGAAAGGCUAUACCAUCCACUGGAAUGGACCAGCACCACGGACUGCUUUUCUGUACCUUGUAAACUUCAACAAGAAUGACUGGAUUCGAGUUGGCCUCUGCUAUCCAUCCAACACAAGUUUUCAGGUUACCUUUGGAUUUUUUCAGCGGCAGAAUGGCUCAUUAUCCAAAAUGGAAGACUAUGAACCUGUACGUUCACUUGAAGAACUGCAGAGGAAACAGUCUGAGAGGAAAUUCUAUUUUGAUUCCAGCACUGGAUUGCUGUUUUUAUAUCUCAAAGCCAAAGGUCAUAGGGAUGGCCACAGUUACUGUUCAUCUCAGGGAUGUGAAAGAGUCAAGAUCCAGGCAACAACAGACUCAAAGGACAUCAGUAACUGCAUGGCCAAAGCUUAUCCACAGUAUUACCGAAAGCCAUCAGCAGUUAAGCGGAUGCCAGCCAUGCUGUCUGGACCGUGUCUAGGCUGUGGCACCAGCCAGGUCGUGUUUACUAGUGAUCCUCAUAAAAGCUACCUCCCCGUGCAAUUUCAGUCACCAAGUGAAGCUGAUGUUCAGCGUGGAGAUCCAACCAUUAUUUCUGUCAAUGGCACAGACUUCCCCUUCCGAAGUACAGGUGUCCUCCUCCUCAUUGUGGAUGCCUGCAGUGUUCCAUUCCAGCUGACGGAAAAAAAGAUUUUUUCUCUUGCUGAUGUCAGUUGCAUGGAAGGGUAUUUAAAAACAGGGAUCCCUCCAAGGUCAAUUGUUCUAUUGAGCACAAGAGGAGAAAUAAAGCAGUUGAAUAUUUCUGAUUCAUUAGUACCUCUGGGAUUAGCCAAACCGGCUCAUCUUUAUAACAAAGGGAGUACUGUGUUUUUGGGAUUCAGUGGAAAGUUUAAGCCUCCCUGGACUAAGCUAUUUACCAGUCCUCCUGGACAGGACCUCGGGCUGCUUGAACAGUUCAUACCUUUGCAGUUGAGUGAAUAUGGCUGUCACAGCAUCACCACUGUCCGCAGACAAGACCUGGAACUGUUAAAACAAGCUUCAAAAGCACAUUAGAAACUAACUGUAACUUAAGUGCUGGGGGGAAAAAAAUGUGAACUAACUUAUUUAAUUUAUGGCAUGUAAAAAUGACACUGUUAACCCAAUGGAUCCAUUUUCCUGUUUGAUAGAGAAGGGGAAGGGAAGAAAAAACAAAAGUUUAAAGUGAUUGCUUGAAUACCAGCUCACGCACCUUGUAGUUAUACAAAAUGUUCAAAGAAUUUAUUUGUAUUUGUAAGGCUGGUGUCUGGAGAGUGGUCUCUCAUUCCUCUGCUUCCACCCCAGUGUGGUGUAGUGACCCUAAGCAAUGUUUUACUUUUUGUAUCAUGAGAUGUUGUUGGGUGGGGUGGAGGCUUCUGAGAGUCCGCCUGAGCUCUUUAGAGAACCAGCUAUUGUAGCACCUUUGAUACUUGAAGCCUAAUGCUCAGUUGUGUCAUGCAGUGAUUGACUUGGUGGCUGGUAUGUUCUGUGAUGCCUUGACCCUGUUUCUGGGCAGCUUUUUAUGGAUUUUAUAUGAUACUGAAUGACAGAGUUUUAAGUGGCAACUCAGGCCCAGCUCAUGCCCUUUUUUUGCCUGGACAUGUGCUAUUUUUACUCAUUUGUAUAUUAAUGACUUCUAAGUGUUCAACUUUCAAACAGCAAAGUACAUUGGGACAAAAGGGCUUUUAGGAAUUAGAAAUCCUUUUAACCUAUGACUAUUGGGCAAAGGUUGACCUGCACCCAGGUUUCAGGUUGUUGGGCCAUUUUGCAGCUUUAAUCCUUAGUCUGUUCUGACUAUAUAUUUGUGUUUAAAUGACAGAGCUAGAGCUGAGAUGAAUAUUUACUUUUUUUUUUUUUUAAAGAAGCAGACUAUUCUCCUGAACUGUACUUGUGUGUCAUUUUUAACUUGCACAAAGGAAGUCUGUUCUUGGUGUUGCUCCUGAACCUGGGUUUUCUGUUGUUUUUGUAUGUGGAUUUUUUUUUCAAGCUUUUCUGCUCACAAUGCUGCCAGGAAAAUCACAGAAAGCUUAAUGAUACCCCAAAAUGAUUGUACCCGAGGGGGAAAAUGAGGAGGUGUUAAAGGGCCAGAAUCAUAUGGGAAAGCUCAGAAAUGAAUCUCUUUCUAGCCUGGAGGAGUGAAUGACUCCUCAUUAAUUAAAUUUUUAGCCCUGAUGAAUAACAGGCCCCAUUACGCCCUAUUUCCCUCUCCCAUCGGGGCCCUGACUCUCCUGUCUGUGAAGAUGGCACAUGGCAAAAGG